UCAGCCUGCGUGUCAGUGCAGUCGACUUACAGCUGGCUGUGAGGACAACUGACGCUCUCCCUCCAUUCUGCGACACAAACUCUGUCAGAACAACUCACCAGACUUCGAUCCUCUCCGCUGAUUUUUAAAAUAUUAAUAAAGUUGGGUUUUAUAGGAAACUGAAGUUGGAGGCUGGGCCUUUAGCUUUUUGACCGAGCGGAGAAAAAGAAGAAGAAGAAAAAAAAAAAGCUGGUCUUUUCUUUUUUCCUAGUUUAAAAAGUCGAUAAAUGCUUCUCACGAAAAUGGACCUGUUGAACUACCAGUACCUGGACAAGAUGAACAACAACAUCGGUAUUCUCUGCUACGAAGGUGAAGCAGCUUUGAGGGGGGACCCCAGACUCCAGUCCUUGUCCCUGUCCUCCUCCUCCUCCUCCUCUUCAUCAUCGUCAUCGUCAUCCUCCUCCAUCUCCAGCCACAGGACAGGUCCUCCUCCCAUUAGCCCCACCAAGAGAAAGCUGAAUGGGGACCAGGGGGACAGCGACAUGGACGACAACGAGCAUGUGGCAAAGAUGAGCCGACUGUUUGCCACACAGCUGAAACCUAGUGGAGACUACCGCAGCUCUUCGGUCUCUAAGGACCGGAGCCGGAGCCCCAUCGAGCGAGUGGUGGUGCCCAGCGGUCUUGCAGUCCACAGCAACCAUCUGUACAGCCACGCACACCACCACCAUCACCACCUGGCCAGCUUAGCCGGCAUGGACCAGCCACUGGCGUUAACCAAAAACAGCAUGAUGGAGUCUGCACGAAGCAGCACAGCAGCCAUGACCACAGUGCCGCAGGCAGUCAGCGCCAUGGAACGCCAGCAGAAUCGUCCUUCAGUGAUCACAUGCGCCCCGGCCAACAACCGCAACUGCAACCUGUCUCACUGUCCAGUCUCUCACAAUGGCUGCUCAAGCCUCACUAACAACUACAGGAGAGCCAACACCAACACAGCCUGCGACCCAGUGAUCGAAGAGCAUUUCCGCCGCAGCCUUGGGAAGAACUACAAAGAGCCCGAGCCCGCCACCAACUCCGUGUCCAUCACAGGCUCGGUGGACGACCACUUCGCCAAGGCGCUGGGCGAGACCUGGCUGCAGAUCAAAAACAAGGGGAGUCCCUCGUCGUCUGGCAGCAGCCCGAACUCCUCCCCCGACAGUCACAUGAUCAACCACAACCACUCCCCAUCUGUGGUCUCCUGAAGGGCCCGAGAGAUUUUAGAGGGAUUUGCCCCCGCUUCCCCUGCCCCCUCACACCCCACUCCCAAUCACCCCGACUCCAACAUCCCUGUCACUCUGUUGGUCUGUCACCAGCGUCCCAGGGGCAGCGCCCACCUGCGGGUCGAGCGUGCUCUCUCCCUCUAUGCACUCGUAGAGGAUCAAAUCAGCAAUAAAUAAACCGUUGUUUUUUUUUACCCUCUGUCCUCUGGUUAGCUAAUGUCAGACAAUAAGUCAUGAGUGAUGAGGAUUCAGCUCUUGGACUGAAAGGAGCAUCAUCAGGCACGUGUCUGUAGUUAUAUGUACAUAAAGAGAGAGAGGAGAGGCGGCGUUUUAAUUAUUAAUUUUCUUUUCUUCUUCUUUUGUUUUGUUUUUAACAGUAGUUUUUGUGUACUGCUUCUGCGUUAUGAGAUGCCUGAUGUUUGAUAGAAGAGAUGAGAAAGAACCACCUUGGAGAAAAUAAUCACAAACCACCUGACUGUGCUACCAAAGAAACCUUUAGACGUUGACGUUUAUCAAUGCCCAGAUCAAAAACAACAACCAACAACAAAUAGCCACCAACUAGGCUCCGCUCUGGUCUUGUUCUAAGUCUCUCACCCUCUGUCUCCUCUGUAUGUGUUACUGUAUGUGUAAACUUAACCGAUCGACUCGGUCUGACUUGCACUACUGCCAUAGAGGGUGAAGGCUAACAUGUCAACAUCACAAUCUGGCACCGUACACACUGGGAUUUAUAAAACUGAACUCAAACUGACUGAAAUCAACUUUUCUGGGACCGUAUAACAUCUACCUGGACAUAAUUUACUCCUGGCCAAUAUUAUGACCCAAAUAAAUUUGAUGUUGGUUUAUUUAGCUGUUAAAUAAAAAAAUGGAGAAGGUGGGAGAAGAGCAGAAUUCUAUCCCAAGCCAUUUCACUUACUGUUUGUCCAUCACAUGUUAAGUUCUCCACCAGCACUCAACAGUCACAUUAAUUCACACAUGCGGGUGCAGAGAGCGCUCCUUAUUAAAUUUGAGGUGUAAACAAUUAGUUCAACUGUGUGAGGAACUGGCCACUUCUCAAUUAAAGUAAACUGCUGUCACCAUGGAAACGUAUAGAAGCCUUACUCACACAUAUUAUUCCACAUCCCUUAAAAAAAUGAGGAAACUGCAGGAAAACCUCAUGAUCAAAAACACCACUUCAAGCAAACUGUGUCAUGUGUAAAGUACGAUGUAGGAUCCAAAUCAGAUUCUUCACCCGCUGGUCUUUACCUGUUAAGAUAAUGUGCCAAGUUGUUGUGCGGUGAUUUUUUUUUUUUUUUACGAGCACAGUCAGGUUUUUAUCAAAUCAGUGAACUGUGGUGUUGAUGGACGUAGUACAAAGUGCAGCGUGUCACAGCGCGGCGUUUGCAGGAACAAAGAGCUUUGAUGUGCUUCACAGGCUGAACUGAACUGCUGACAGUGACGCGGGGAUAGAUGACACUGCAUGUCACUUUGUGGUUGAAAGAAAAGGAGAUAAAAAAGAACUGUCUGGUUUCUUGACCGGGGGAGAGAAGAUUAUUCAGAUCUCUUCAAACACGCCCUUUGUUUUUGUGUCUCUUUGAACAUGGGUGUUGUAAUUAUAUUUGGCUCACACCCUGCUGCCCCUCCCUCCCUCCCUCCCUCCCCUACACACUGUGGUUUGGUAGUUUUCUAUAAGGUUCGAAGGGUAAACUAAUGCUUUUACACAUGCAUGUAUUUUUUGUUUUGUUUUUUUAAUAGCUGGUAUCUAUUAGUGUUUUUUAAGCAUUUCAAUCUUAACUACUAUUAGCCUUUUCAUUCGGACGGUAGUUGUUACUUCUUUCGUUGUUAGUAACGGACAUAGACACUAUACACUCACUGCUGGGUCAGUUGUACUCCAUAUUAUUAUUGUUAUUGUUAUUAUUACAGUUUUGUACUUUUGUUUUCCAUUAAUAUCAGUAUGGUAACAAACAUCUGUAGUGGGACAAGCCUCCGGACAGGCUCUGUGUAACGAUUGAGACCUGCGUUUCUCAAAACCACCUCAGCACGAUGGGCGUGAUCGCCAGGGUGUUGAGUCGGCUUCGAGAGACGCUGCCCGUUAACGGUUUUCUUAAGAUGUUGAUCCAUUGGUGGUACAGGAUGCUACGGCCUUCAGCGUGACAAAGCUGAGACACCAAAUUGGCACAAAUCAGUCUGCAGGGCCUUGUUUUCCACAAAGCCUGAGAUAAAAUAAAACAACAUAAUUGUUGUGAGACUAUUUGGGUGCCGUUUUAAAACCGCCACCUUCUCACCAGCCUUUACGUGCGCUCCAACAAGUACUAAGUCAAAGACAAGCUAGCAGGCUAGAAAGCUUUUGGAAAACAAGGUGUUGUUGAUGGUCAGAGACGGUGAUGACAGCUCUCAGACAUUUUUCUGACCCAUAGAUAAAUGUCUAACACUAAUUUGAAUUUAACUGUGAAAGAGAAAAAAUAACGUCCCUAAAACAACAUUGGAAAACAUCAUAGAGAUGGAAACAAACAACACAACUCUGGAUUCGUGAUGCGCCAUCAAAACUCUCUCAAACCUCAACAGUUGACUUGUCGUGUCCUGACUUGGUGUCCAGCCUUUUUUUUGCUUUAUAUUUCACUGCUUUCUGUUCUGAACAACAUUGUAUUGUUGCUGCAGUUCAAGCUGCAGCCUGAAGAAAUGAAUUUUACUCUGUAAAAAGAGCCUGCGCCACAGCGGCAUACAUUCCUCCUAUAGGGAACUUUGUACAGGCCUCACUUACACUCAGUAUCUCCACAUCAACAGAUCGAGCUGAUAACCAGCCACUUGUCCCAGAGGGUCCCCACUGACGUCUUUAUGUCAGAAUAACAAGGUGUCCACAAACGUAUGACGGACGGACACACGAUGCCAUAAAAGUUACCAGGACGUUCAGUGCGAAGAACUUACAGAGCUGAGGUUGGAAACAGUUUAGUGUCAUUGCAUGACUCUAACAUGAGGUUUACAGAUUCGACAUAUUUAUUUGGUUUAGGUAUUUUUUAAUCAAAUAUGAUGAGUACAUCCAUUAAAGUUCUCAACACGGAACGUUAGAUCCACACAUUCCAUCCUCUCAUUUCAGAGCAGAUGCAACAGAGCCAGAACUGAUGGUACAUGUUUUAAAAUCCUAACCCAACAGCCAGUGAGUCGACUUCAUUACAAACAGGUCGUCUACAAUCUGGGCUUGUUUUCUGUGACAGGUUCAGAGUGGGUGGUGAGUUUGUUAUGUUGGGGGGGGGGGGUCAGAGCUUCAGGAGCUGAGCUUCUGUAGAACAGUCUGCGAGACGUUCACUGCCACGAGUCUUUUCACAGCGUCACCUCCUCCUCAGAUUCAGUUGACCCUGACUAAGAUUGGAUGUACUUCACAUUUUGUAAGAAACCAUGAGGGAACGAGGCUUGGUGUCCAGAAGAUUUUGUUUUUCUGUUAUUAUUAUUUGUUCUCAUUAUUGUUUCACUACCACCCUGUAGGUAGGAGGCUCUCUCUUCGCUUCGGCACACUCUCCCUACAAACUGUAGGAAAAUCACUUAAUAAAAAAUUACUUUUUUUAUAAUAGGUAACUAUAAGACCAUCAUUACGCUGUGCGUAACGAAUGUACAGAGAAAAAAAUCGUAGGUAUUUUUUGAGGAACAAUUAAUUUGUUAAUGAUAUGUAGCUAUUUAAUUGUUUUUUCCCCCUGUCCUUAAAUUGUAAUCAUUGCAUUUUCUUUUUUUUUCUUUUUUUUUUUUGGUGAAAAAAGUUGAUCUUUUUUGUUAAUAGAGUGCAGGAGCACGGAAAGUGUAUGAAACCACAACGAGCCACCGCUGUCAGUGACAAUCGCUACUUCCAUUGGCCCCCGGUGAUCCGCCAUCAUUUAGACUGUUUGUUCCUGUGACUUCUGAGACGUCACUCGUGAGCAAAAAGAAAAGAGUUGGUCCUUAACAGCAGACUCUUGAUCAGUUUGCAUGUUUUGCUUCGGUGGAACAGAAAGAUGUUGCUACCAGCCCACAACGCUCGUUAGCCUUUUCCAAACCAUUUCCAUUUAAGUGUAAAAAUCAACAUUAAUCACGGGCUAGCAGGCAAGUUACAUUUCCACUACUGCAUAUCAGCACAUUGUGGGUUCUUUAGAAAAUCUUUUGAUGACUGAUUUUGGUUUACAGAUGGGAACCAAGCUACAAGGAAAAGUCUUGUUGAAUUCGAACACUGAAAUUGGCCGAUGAAAAUCUCAAAACAUAUUUCAGUGGUAUUUUGUGCUGAAGUUCUUCUGCUUCGUUGCUCGUCAGUGAGGCUGAGACGAACCGAGCAGUAAAUGAGCUUUGAGGAUGUCACGGUUCCCAUCUGGAGGCCAUUUAGCAUCUGUAAACACCAUGAAAAUAAAUUGUGCAGAUAAAUCAAAGAGGAGUUGCUCUAUACUCUGACUACCACAUUUUCCAGGUUCUUUUUUUUUUGAAGUGGAAGUAGCAUGUACUUAGUGGUAUUAAUACUCUGAACUGUAAAAGAAGAGAAGACAUUGUAUUAAGAAAACAACAGUCAAUUUGUGGCUCUGUGUCUCCUACUAAAAAGGUUUUGGCAGGCCACCUUUUUUGUACGUAAAGUAGCCUUGAUGAACAAUAAAGUGCUUUUAAACCAC